AUGGCUGACAACAACAACGUCCUUGAAUCCACCACAGGCAAAAGAAUCGCCCUCCCGGUUCGUGUUGAACCCAAGGUCUUCUUCGCCAACGAGCGUACUUUUUUGUCAUGGCUCAACUUUACAGUUGUGCUUGGAGGUCUCGCGAUGGGUUUGCUCAACUUUGGUGAUCGUAUUGGUCGUAUGUCAGCUGUCUUAUUCACUGUCAUUGCUAUGGGUGUCAUGAUGUAUGCAUUGUAUACCUUCCAUUGGCGAGCCACCAAAAUUCGAAACCGUGAAGCAGCCCCUUACGAUGACAGGGUUGGUCCCACCGUGCUUUGCAUCUUUUUGCUCGCUGCGAUUCUCGUCAACUUUUACCUUCGCAUUGGCGAAUAA